AUGGCAGACACGAUAGACGAAAGCUUAAUCAAAAGGGAAGAAAUUGUACAUCUGCCACAGAAUCCCCCGCCAUCUGAGCGACCAACUCUGUAUGGAUUCCCUGGUAAAACUAAAAGCACGGUGUGGAGGGACUUCGGAUUUUAUAUGGGAGAUGACGGCCAUCUCGAUAAAUCGCAUGCUGUUUGCCGCCAUUGUCUGACAGCCGUGCGAUAUUCUGGAAAUACCACAAAUCUACAUACUCAUCUCGCCCGUCACGGUCAUGGCAGAAGUAAACAGCCUCGACCUUUGUCAGAAGUGGGACUUGCAUCGUCACCGAUAGUGCAUAUGAUGGCUAAAUCUUUGUCGAUUCCUUCAGAGGGCGAGAAUGUCGUUACCAGUGCACAGAAGGAUGUUUUCCAGCCUAUGAUGUCCGACAUUUUUGCAAACACCCAGCGGACUUCGAUUUCCUUGAACACGAUGAUUGCCGAGUACCUGAUAGAGAGCAUGGAGAUACCAGACGCUGUGGAAAAUUCUACAUUUGUAAACAUGAUGUCAGUAGCCGAUCCGACAUUUGAACGCGAAAAUUGCCAUCGAUUUUGCGAUUCUUUUAUCUCACAGCACUAUGAAAUUAUAAACCACUCUUUAUCUGACGUUUUGAAAAACUGUGAAGCUGUUGCCAUUUCGUAUGAUAAAUGGAUGUCGACUUCGCGGGAAUAUUACGUCACAUACAGCGUACACAUAGUCGGUGGCACCUGGGAUCUGGAAACAUAUAAUCUAGCUACAAAUCCCGAGUGCGUCAACGUUAAAAAUGAUUUGAAAAAAAUGCAGAACAAAUGGGAUAUUCAAGAACCUUUGACCGUAGUUACUUCUGGCGACUUUGAUCAGUCUUGUAGUCCGGGGGUCCAGAGAAUUCAUUGCUUGGCUGAGGCUAUCAACAAGGCGGCCCGAGCUGGAUUGGAGUUGAAGAAUGUCAAAGACGUUAUAAAGAACGUCUGUCGUGCUCAAGAAGAGUUGGUGAAAAAUUUCAGUGAAGACAAACACAAUCCAUCAAGUUCAUUACAGACCGAGAAUUUAGAUCGUCAAAACUGGUUGUUCACCUUCGAUAUUCUGACGAAAUUGAUGGAGCAGAAAGAGCUUAUUACAUUGAUGGAUAAGGUUGACGAUAUUGACUGUGCUUCUCUCUGCAAACAACUUGAGGACAUGUGCACCGUGCUAAGACCUCUCAAGUCGGCUGUUGACCUCAUGUGCUCCCAGACACCUAUCACGGCUUCUAUGAUUUUACCAAUUAUCAAAAAACUACAGGUGUCACUCUCUCCAGAAAAAAGCGAUUCGAAGCCUGUCAAGCACUUAAAAGAAACGAUCUGGAAAACUCUUUAUUCAAGUUAUUCAGACCCCAGUGUUAGAAAAUUUCUUCUAGUUGCAAGUUUCCUGGAUCCAAGAUACAAAGAUCUCCUCUUCGUGGAGUCGGAAGAACGGGCACUUGCCCGUGACGUUUUGUCUGUGGUGGCGACGGAGCUGUACCGUCGGGGGACGGAUGCCCCUGUCCAAGAAGAAACUGUCGUCCGAAGUGAAGAAGAUGGGACCUCGUACUCCGUUAUUCUUGUCGACAACGCAAAAGACAGCGAACCUAAACUAAAGAAACUAAAAAGUGAGGAAGAAAAUGACUCGAACACCCCUUCAAAGUCAGACGAUUGGCUAGCAGACGUUGUGGGCACUAAGACAUCAACCAAUGACGUCACGAAGGAAGAAAGUGUCAUGGCAGAAAUUGAUCAGUAUUCCACCAUGGAACAAAGGACCACUUCGCCAUUUCUGUGGUGGAACAACCGACAAUUAAUAUUCACCACUUUGUCACGUGUGGCUAAAUCGUACCUCUGUGUGCCAGCCACCUCAAGUCCGCCAGACCGGAUGUAUGAGCGCGGCCAUCAUAAAUACGUCUCGCAAAGGAGGCUGCUACCAAAAGGAUAUGUAGACAAACUUAUUUUCCUACAUGACAAUUAUUUCAAGUUGAAAAAUUGA